AUGAAGAUGAUGAAGAAGGCAUCUUCAGAGGCCUGGUAUGUGCAUGGAGUGAUGAGAUGUCUGUCUAGCCAUUUACAUUUAGGAUCAUCAUUUUGUAAAUGUUUAUCACAUUUGUGUCUGCAUAAACAACUUUGCUUCCAGGUCCCCUACUGAUGGAGACAAGCACAAACAAAAUGGACCACAGGUAUAGUGUAAAGACCUCUUGUGCAUUACAGACCCUUCUACUGUAUUCUUCUUGGUCUGAUUGUCUGUCAGGUUGUGAGAUGUAAAAGAUGUAGUACUGUUAUCCCCUCUGUCCCGUCCCUUGUGUUGUGUAGCUGACUGCUGGCUGCGGGUGCACCAAGAGUGGCUCCCCAGAGGAGGGGGAGAAGAGGAACCAGGGACGUGUGGAGGACCAGAUCAACGAGGAGCACCUUCAACGCAUUGAGGCCAUGUUCCAUGAGGCAGACACCGACGGGGGGGGAGGUACAUAGAUUUCGUGCCUCUCAUCCACAGCCCAUCCUCUCCCAUUGAUCCAGUUCUGAUAGAGACGUCCACUAGCUGGAUGUCUCUAUCUCUGUCUAUAUGCGGUAGCAAUUAGCCUGGAGACAAGGGUACCGUUCUAAUGUCUCGCACACCUCAUGAAAGCCUCUUGACUCUAUAGCAGUGCCAUCUCUGUGCUCAUUUUCAACACCGUCUGAAGACGUGGCAUGAUCAGAAAUACAACCAUGGAUCAACACUAUAUUCUAAUGAGCCUCUUUUCUCCUGUCUUCCUCUGAAAGGAUUGGAUAUGGAAGAGUUUCGUGAGGCGAUCAAAAAGAUCAUGGGUGACAUUGAUGAUGAAGAUGUGGACAUUAUCUUCAUGAAGGUGGACACCAACUGUGACGGUGGUGUGGACUGGGUGGGUGUCUGUCUGUCUGGCCAAGCUGGUAGUUUUGAGGACAGUAGACAAAGGCUUUUUAUGUUUAUUUUAUUGCUCAGGGGUUAAUGGGUACACGAUGGGGAGUAAUUGGGAUUAGGGGGAUAAAAAGAGUCAUUCCAUCCUUCCUUAGGCUUUUUACAUGCUUGAGUGGGUGUGUCCCAAAGAGCGCCACGCGUCUCUCACAGACAGUAAGCCCCCUCUGACUCAAACCCCCAGCUGGCCAUCCCAAACCAUUUUUUAUGAUGAUCCCUCCCCUGUUACUAGACAGAGGGUCAGACCAGGGAUGUCUGUGUGCUGAGACACAGAGGUUGACUGUGGUGGAAAUCUCCUAUCCGGAAUGCCUGAAGUAUGAACAACACACACACUGAUACAGGCCAGACUUCUACUAGACAAAACUGAAAUGCAACAUCCACAGGGGGCAGACCACUCCAGAGGGAGAAAGGACUUAUUUGAAUAACACAUGAUCUCAUUGUUUUUGUUUCAAAUGGAGUUGUGUAUGAUUCUUCAUUUCUCACCGAUGGUUUUACUAUAUUUUCUCCCUAUAUGUAUACAUCCACAGGCAUCUUGCUCAUGAAACCCAUGGAUCAUUAGACUUUUUGGCAAACCUCUAUGCUCACAAGCAGCAAGCAACAUUUAUAACUCUACUUUUCUCCACGUACAUGUUGGCUGCAUCCAAAAUGAAGGCGAAAGAAAUGCACCCCUGCUCAGAAGAGGUGCUGGCUAGCGGAGUAGAACACUUGAAAAAGAAAAGCGGAGCCGCACAUUCAACGUAGAGUUUGAUCUGAAGCCAUUCUUGUGAUUAUUCUGUUUUUGCUAUCCAGUAUAAAUAAUAUUUGUAGGCUUAUGUAGCCAAUUUGUAUUUAUAAUCGCACGUUAUCCAUUCAUGACUUUUAUGUCUAUUUACAUCUGUAAAUCAACCAAUGAAAUCAGGCCACAGCCAGCUAUGAUUACAGACACCUGUGUGUCCCCUUUCAAAAUAUAUAAACUAGUGACCUGCAGUGUUUGUCAUUAUACUCUGAUGAAGACAGCUUUGCUGUCGAAACGUUGGUUAUAAAAUGAUUGCAUCUUUCUUUUUCAUGCAUCCAAAAUGACACACUAUUCCCUACUCUCUAUAUCGCACGUGGGAAAUAGAGUGCCAUUUCUGAUUCGCCCUUGGACAUACAGUAGCUCAUGAUGUGUGCCUGCCUGUCUGCCUGUAGGAUGAGUAUCUAAACUACAUGCUGCUGGAGUACAGAGAGAAGGACUCCCUACAGAAGCAGAACCGUCCCCUCUACUUCCCCAAACCUCUAAAGAUCGUCCCUGUGUAAGUGCUCUAUCACUUGGGUCCUAUUCAUUACGGCACACUGUAGCAAAAUGGUUUGCAAUGGAAAACAAAAACAAGCAUUUCUUAUUGGACAAGUCCAAGCAGUCCCUCUGUUUCAGUCCAUGAUUUCAACCCUGGGUUAGGUGUGUUGUCAUGGUACGGUGCCAUGCCUGGGAGACCGGAGAAAGAUUGGAUGCUAUUGCUGUAUGUGAGACAAAAGAGAGAUGGCUUUCAGAUAGACAUGGAUGGUUCCCAUUAUGGUUGGCUAUAACAUGAUGGCUAGGACAACUACUCCCCAUUGUAUGUAUGUGGAAAGUGUGAAAGAGAUUAUUUGCAUCUAACAGCGCCUUUGUAGUUUCACAUGUAAAUUAUUCAAAGGGUCCAAGGAUUUUGGCCAUGAAUCUCCCAAGUACUUUCUAACCCCCACUUAUUACACCCACUGCCUUUGCAUUCUUCUAUUCUCUCUCUCUCUCUGUCUGUGUGGGGUUGCGUGUGUGUGUGUCUGGUGUGGGCAUGCAGGCAUCCCCCUGUCUGUGUCAGUGACUCAUGUCUGUGGAUGACACAGCACUGCUACUCUCCUUACUCACGGUGUAAUGGCAGUAGAUCAUUCAGUGUAUCUGUCUGAGAUCACCGGCAUCCAGUCCUCCUGGGGUCUAUUUUCUGACUAUAGGAGACAUGGAUACAGGCAGUCUAUAAAUAUUAACAGAGAAUGGCUAAGAUAAUGUAAUUUAAUGGAAUCGUUGGAGAAUAGGUCUUUAGAAAUAUUGCAGCUUGCCACAUUUUCUCAUGUACGGUAUUUGACAAACAAAAUACUCUAAAUCCUAAAUGUCCAACACAAUCCACACACAGGUUUUGUUCUUUGACUGAUGUCUUGGUGGUUUGUGAGGUCUGUGUGGUUUCUCUGUCUGGUUCUCUGCAGUGCCCACUGUGAGCCCAUCGUCCGGCUACAGUUUUACCCCUUCCAGACCCCCCAGGCAGAGAAGAACGGGGGGCAGGGCAGGGCCGUGCCCAAAACCCGCGUCCAAUUGGGACGCUACUUGUCCAUCAGCCGAGACGGUAUCCUCAACUACUGGAGCGAGAGGUUCAAACUGACACGCACUGUCAACGUGAGUGUGUGUGCCUUUGUGUGCACGCGACUGUGUGUGUGCAAGUGCGAAUUUAUGUGUGUGCGUGCACUUAAAACACCAGAGCACUUCCCUUCAGAGGUUAGACUUAGGAGAGAGGAAUUCAGUGCAUUGCAUGGUAGGAUGAAAAUAUUAACUGAGUCAAUGCUGCUCUUCCAUAGAGAAGGAUGGAUGUCCUGUCACCACCACAAUGACUCAUCCAUGGAAAUAAAGUAGACACCUGCCAUAGCAAUAAAUCAGACAGGUGUAGUUCAGCUCCACGGGGACAGGGGGCGCCACACAUCACCUGCCUGAUUGGGCGGGCCACUGUCGACACAGUUGUCAGGCGGAUUGCCUCGAGUCUCUCCAUGGGCUCUCAGUUUUAAUACCUCUGUGCUUCUGUAAAGCCUGACCAAGAUUAUCAACAUCUCAUAUCUCAAUAUCUCUAAAACCUCUGAAACUCAUUGGAUGCUAUCUCAGUAAUGUGAUCUAGAAGACCUAUGCGCCAGGCAGGUGUCUUACUUAAACCUUAUUAAAUGGGAUUAGUGGUCUAUAUACACAAGAGUAUACAAAAUAUUAAGAACACCUGCUCUUUCCAUGACAUAGAUUAUCCAGGUGAAGGCUAUGAUCCCUUAUUGAUGUCACUUGUUAAAUCGACUUCAAUCAGUGUAGAUGAAGGGGAGGAGUCGGAUUAAAGAAGGAUUUUUAAGCCUUGAGACAAUUGAGACAUGGAUUGUGUAUGUGUGCCAUUGAGGGUGAAUGGGCAAAACAAAAUAUUUAACUGCCUUUGAACGGGGUAUGGUAGUUGGAAGUCGGAAGUUUACAUACAUCUUAGCCAAAUACAUUUAAACUCAGUUUUUCACAAUCCCUGACAUUUGAUUCUAGUAAAAAUUCCCUGUCUUAGGUAAGUUAGGAUCGCCACUUUAUUUUAAGAACGUGGAAUGUCAGAAUAAUAGUAGAGAUAAUUAUUUAUUUCAGCUUUUAUUUAUUUCAAUCACAUUCCCAGUGGGUCAGACGUUUACAUACACUCAAUUAGUAUUUGGUAACAUUGCCUUUAAAUUGUUUAACUUGGGUCAAACGUUUCGGGUAGCCUUCCACAAGCUUCCCACAAUAAGUUGGGUGAAUUUUGGCCCAUUCCUCCUGACAGAGCAGGUGUAACUGAGUCAGGUUUGUAGGCCUCCUUGCUCGCACACGCUUUUUCAGUUCUGCCCACACAUUUUCUAUAGGCUUGAGGUUAGGGCUUUGUGAUGGCCACUCCAAUAACUUGACUUUGUUGUCCUUAAGCCAUUUUGCCACAACUUUGGAAGUAUGCUUGGGGUCAUUGUCCAUUUGGAAGACCCAUUUGCGACCAAGCUUUAACUUCCUGACUGAUGUCUUGAGAUGUUGCUUCAAUAUAUCCACAUAAUUUUCCUUCCUCAUGAUGCCAUCUAUUUUGUGAAGUGCACCAGUCCCUCCUGCAGCAAAGCACCCCCACAGCAUGAUGCUGCCACCCCCGUGCUUCACGGUUGGGCUGGUGUUCUUCGGCUUGCAAGUGCCCCCUUUUUCCUCCAAACAUAACGAUGGUCAUUAUGGCCAAACAGUUAUAUUUUUGUUUCAUCAGACCAGAGGACAUUUCUCCAAAAAGUACGAUCUUUGUCCCCAUGUGCAGUUGCAAACCGUAGUCUGGCUUUUUUAUGGCGGUUUUGGAGCAGUGGCUUCUUCCUUGCUGAGCGGCCUUUCAGGUUAUGUCGAUAUAGGACUCGUUUUACUGUGGAUAUAGAUACUUUUGUACCUGUUUCCUCCAGCAUCUUCACAAGGUCCUUUGCUGUUGUUCUGGGAUUGAUUUGCACUUUUCGCACCAAAGUACGUUAAUCUCUAGGAGACAAAACACGUCUCCUUCCUGAGCGGUACGAUGGCUGCGUGGUCCCAUGGUGUUUAUACUUGCGUACAAUUGUUUGUACAGAUGCACGUGGUACCUUCAGGCGUUUGGAAAUUGCUCCCAAGGAUGAACCAGACUUGUGGAGGUCUACAAUUUGUUUUGAUUUUCCCAUGAUGCCUAACAGGUCCUCAACUAGCAGCUUGAUUAAAUAGUACCCACAAAACACCAGUCUCAACGUCAACAGUGAAGAGGCGACUCCGGGAUGCUGACCUUCUAGGCAGAGUUGCAAAGAAAAAGCCAUAUCUCAGCCUGGCCAAUAAAAAUAAAAGAUGGGCAGCCUUAGAUAUGGCUUUUUCUUUGCAACUUAUUAGGAUUUAGUUAAUUUGUGGAAUUUCUUUCCUUCUUAAUGCAUUUGAGCUAAUCAGUUGUGUUGUGACAAGGUAGGGGUGGUAUACAGAAGAUAGCCCUAUUUGGUAAAAUACCAAGUCCAUAUUAUGGCAAGAACAGCUCAAAUAAGCAAAGAGAAACGACAGUCCAACAUUACUUUAAGACAUGAAGGUCAGUCAAUCCGGAAAAUGUUUCUUCAAGUGCAGUCGCAAAAACCAUCAAGCGCUAUGAUGAAACUGGCUCUCACGAGGACUGCCACAGGAAAGGAAGUUAAUUAGAGUUAACUGCACCUCAGAUUGCAGCCCAAGUAAAUGCUUCACAGAGUUCAAGUAACAGACACAUCUCAACGUCAACUGUGUCCCAAAUCAUAAUGAGUUAAUUGUUACAUGAUUAAUUGAAUUGAGUAACAAUUAAACAUAGUUAGUUGAUUCGAUAAAUAACAGUCAUCAUAUUAAUGAGAGUCACGUCACGACACAGCCAACAAGUGCUCAGCAUAUGUGGGAACUCCUUCAAGACUGUUGGAAAAGCGUUCCUCAUUAAGCUGGAUGAGAUAAUGCCAAGAGUGUGCAAAGCUGUCAUCAAGGCAAAGGGUGGCUACUUUGAAGAAUCUCAGCUAUAAACAAUAUUUUGAUUUGUGUAACACUUUUUUGGUUACUACAUGAUUCUAUAUGUGUUAUUUCAUAGCUUUGAUGUCUUCACUAUUAUUCUACAAUGUAGAAAAUAGUAAAAAUAAAGAAAAACCCUUGAAUGAGUAGGUGUGUCCAAACUUUUGAAUUAUACUGAAUAUAUGUAUGUAUGUGUGGUUCUAGGGGUCUACUGACCUUUGACCUUCCUCCUCUGUCUGUCCUCCAUCAGUUGGACCAGCUGAAACGAGCCCCACCCUCCACCUCCAUUCAGCAAAUCUGGGUAACCGACAUGAUCUGCUUGAGCAACCUUAACCUCCUGGCUAUUUCCUCCACCGGACGAGACGUUGGUGUGUGUAUGCAUGUGUGGAGCCUGCAGCAAGUGUGUGUUUUGAAGUGUGUCUGUAAGAAUUGUAUGUAACCCUGAAUAAAACCAUGAACCAAAUCAGACCAGAUUUGGUAGUAGCAAUUUAACAUCCCUUGCUUUCACUUUGAAUAGCUUUAGACAUUAUUUUACGUGUUUCUCUGUGUUUUUAUGCCUGUCUGUGUGUUAGAGUUCUAUGACAUCAGCGCCAGCAAGUGUGACAUUGUAUUCUCUCUGACUGGACUGGAGGGCUACGUGGUCGUCAUGGAUUACUGGUAGGGCAUUGGCUAGUGCAUUAGAUUACCAGGCAUUAGCUAGUCUAGUGAAUCAUGUUACUGAUAGGGCAUUGGCUAGGACUUUAAAUUACUGGUAUGGUAUUGGCUAUAGGGCAUAACACAUAUUUAGAUAAAACAUCAGAUCAGUCGAAGGGAGGAUCUGUUAAUGAUAACAAUGCAUUUUGUUGUGUAAGGCUCAUUUCCCACACUGUCUGUCUGUCUGUCCAGGUCAGAUGGAACCAAAGCAGUGUUUUCGAUAGGGGACAUUGAGGGUUAUGUGUCUGUCUUCAUCUCCAGUGAUGUGCUCCAGUAUGGGCUGUUCAACAGCGGGGCCUUCAAGUCUGGUACUAACCCUCCCUUCAAUGUACAUGAUCAAACCCUUCCCUUCACCUUAUGAUGGUUCUCAGCUAGUUGGUUGGUGGAUGGUUACCCUCUCUCUCUCUCUCUCUGUCUCAGGGGGGAAUUGCCGCAUCCCUGUCCCAGCUCUGCUGAAGAACACCUCCAAGUAUUUUCUGUGUUUCAAAGUGGUAAGUAGUGCUUUCAAAAAGGCAAUUAUUCUGGUCAGUCUAAGAGCAGGUAUCUGUGCCUGGUUUUGUUACAGCCCAGCAGUAACACUUGAUUCAAAUAUUCAACUAAUCAAGGUCUUCACUUUACAAUUAGCUAAAUUAGGGUCUGUUACUGCAGGUUUGGAAGAAGGCCUACCCACCAGUAGAUCUUUAGGACUGGAGUAAAGAUUUAGGUGGACAGUGACCCUCUAUACUGCUCCACAGAGUCUAGCAGAGAUGUUGUAAAGGAUUUAAUGAAAACAACGUUAAUGAUAAGGUCUCUAUUUUUAUAAUUGUCAACACAGUUUUACAUCUCCUUUGUGAGCGAAACCAUUUUGGGCUCUUUGUUCGCCUGUUGGAGAGGAAGGAAAAAGAAUAGAGGUGACAAAAGAAGGGGAUGACAACAGCAUUGUGAGAGAUGGAGAGGAGGAUGGGGUGAAGGAGAGAGAGUUUCUCUACCUCGGUGAUGGAUCAGUCUCUGUCUCAAAGGGACUGUCCCAUUACCCAUCUGUGACCUUGAGGAUGUAUCCUGUAUCACUGACUAAUAUAUACUAAUCAGGUCGAAGAUGAUAGUCUGCCUGUCAGGAGGGAGCCCUGGGCCGGAAGAUGGACUGAUUGACUGCAGUAGACCACAUGCACCUUCAUUUCCCUCUCAGCAGCCUUUAUUACACUACUCUAUUGCCUAUUUAUUACGUUGGUCUUGAUUUCUUAUUUCUUUCUCCUUUUUUCAGUAUCCCACUCAUGUUGUAGUUUUUUUCACAUUAUUACGGUAUCUCUUCUUAUCAUGCCUCUGUGCCGCUCCCCCCCCCCCCCCCCCCCCCCCCCCCCCCCCCCGCCUCCCAGGCCCUGCACAAUAACUGGUGCCAUCAGAUCCGCUUCCUACCUGAGUUAAACGCUGUCGCCACCUGCUGUGCCUCUGACCAAACUUCCAUGGUGCUCACCACUGUGCCCCACUCUCAGAAGGCUAAAAUCCAGUAUGUUCCCCCUGCCCUGCCAUGUACACAUAGUGGUCCAGGAACUCUCUAUUUUACCUUAUUCCACUCACACAUCUCUGUAUCUCCAUAGACCGUACAGAGGAACAGGGCCCAUAUUCACAAAGUGUUUUUGAGUGCUGAUCUAGGACCAGGUGCCCUUUAAAAGUCCUACUUUAAGACACUGAAUAAUUGCCCUGAUUGUUACAGUAGCAUUUUGUCCAUUUUCACUAAAGUACUAAAUGUUUAGAUAGUACGUUUAGGAAUACAAUUAGUUUCCAAAAGUGACUGUAUGCUUUCUCCUCCAUCACAGCAACUCAUGCUUUCAGCUGAGGAAAGGAAUCCUCUGCUUUGACUACUCUCCCGAGUUUAACAUUCUGGGUAAGAGAUUGAUUAGGAUGAAUCCUCUUUCACAAAAGUGUAAUAAUAAGGCAAUUUGCAAUUGGGUGAUGUUCGUGCAAAAAUAUCAGCAGUUUUCUUUCACCUCCUGCACAUUUUUACCAUCAUAUCUUUACUUUGUGUGUGUAAAUAAAUUAAUAACAAAGUUAAAAGAAGGGUUGUGUUUUGAAUGUAAAUGAAUCCCUGUCAUAGUGACUGGAGGCUUUGACCGCAUUGUGAGGAUCUGGAACCCGUACGUGAACAACUGUGCCACCUCUCAGAUGAAGGGCCACUCCACAGCCAUCACACACAUCGUGGUCAACAGCAGCGACAACAAGAUCAUUAGCAUCUCCAAGGACAAGGUCUGUCUGGGGACAAACCUGAUCUACGGUCUCUGGUUACUCAGUCAUCAGAAUUACUUGAAAUCAUGUUAUGAGAAAUGUGAUGAGCAAGAACUGCCAUGCAUGAAUGGAAGAGAAUCACUUUGCUUGAUUUCACGCAUAUGAUCACACAAUAUAUGCUUUCUUUCCUGUCUCUCUCUCUCUCUCUCGCUCUGUCUCUCUCUGUGUCUCUCUCUUUGUCUCUCUCUCUCUCUGUGUGUCUCUCUCUCUGUGUCUCUCUCUGUGUCUCUCUCUCUCUCUCUCUCUCUCUCUCCUCUCUCUCUCUCUCUCUCUCUCUCUCUGUGUCUCUCGUCUCAGAAUGUGCGUGUGUGGGACCUGCAGGACUGUGCCUGUCUCCAGAACAUCCACUCCAGGAAUGUGACCAUGAGUCGCUUCCCAAUCUCCAGUUUCCACUACAACAGAGACACCAACACCCUGGUGCUGGCCACCUUCCUGGUAGGCUCCCCAUCUUGUUCAUUCACAUACUGUAGGACACAUAAAAGGGGACUGAUUGAGUAAUCAAGGCCCUAGGGAGAUUAGCGGUGGCUAAGUGGUCUGCUAAUGGGCAUCGAGGAAGCCAUGCAAAUGCAAUUUAUCAUCUCACACAAACAUGUGAAAACUACUCUUGCAUCAACAGCUAUGUUUUUUUUGCCUAUUAUAACGGCAAUCUUUGUGUGCAGAUAGGGGUUCUACAUGGAGUGGUGGAUGAUGUGGAUACACUUCACAAGCUACAGACAUCACAUGAGCAGCCCCUGUGUACAGCUCUCUAUAACACCAACUUCAAACAGGUGUGUUGUUGGGUAUACUCUAAAACACCAGGUGGAUGGAUGAAAGAAUGAAUGAACGAACAAACGCCUCGUUCAACACAAGGUGAGGAAAAAGAAAGAAAACAAACAUUCUGUCCCAUUUGAACCUCAAUAUGCCUUCCUUCCUUCCCUCUGUCCCAGGUAGUGAGUGGCUGUCAUAACGGCGUGGUGAGCGUGUGGGAAAUCCUGACGGGGGAGAAGAUCAUGCAGUUCCAGACGUCCCCGGAGAAGGCGGUGGAGGUGACGGCCAUGACAUUCGACGGGCCCAAGCGCCGCCUCAUCACGGGGUCCAAGGACGGCACCCUGCGCCUGUGGAACUUCAACAACGGAGCGCUGCUAGCUACACUCCCCAUACUGAAUGAUAACGAGGUAGAAGUUACCCCUAACUACAGAUCAGGGAUCAGUAUAUAGCCUACCUUCAUUCAGCCUUAUCCAAUAGGGGGAUAAGAAACUCUGACCCUGAUCUUUUUCCAGGUGACGGGGGUAAUCUACAUCAACCAAAGGAUAUAUGUGUCCGGCUGGAGCAAAAGGGUCAUGUGGUACUUGUGA